GCCAACAGCAGCCAUUGCGCGUGAUGCAAUUGAAGUGCUAACACCUCGUACCGCUCGAGUUUUCAGCCAGCAGUUCAUCGCCAAUCACUAUAUCCACCAGCGGAUUCAACAGCACCGUGGACAAAUUCUUUGCCUCUUCUUUUUUUUUUUUUUGGUUCAAUCGCGUGUGUGAAAAAUCUCACUCCUUGCGGCUGCGAUUUUGGCAAGUGAACACAACAAGUGAACAGCCACAAAAGAUCAAUACAAAACACAAAAACUGUGAAAGUGCAAAAAUACACUGAAAAACACUUGCAAAAGGAUUAAAGCAAAAGCCUUAAAAAAUCGUGCAAAAUAUACCAAUCAAAAGCUAAAGUCGCCGAGCAAUCGCCAGGGAAUCAGACAAGAAAAUUUAAGCAGAAGAAGAAGAAGACGACGUUUGGCAACCAAAAGAAAUCGAAAGCAAAUCAGAUCGCAAUGCAAUUAGCCGAGAGCAGUAGAAAUCGCAACCGAUCGUCGGCGAAAAUGGGUCUUCGCAUGGGUCCGUUGCUCCUCUCCGUCGUGCUGGCCCUCCUGGUUGCUCUGCCCGGACAGACCGAUGCUCGGAUGGCCUUCGAGAAGCUGACGGACUUUGAUUUUCCGGGCAACACGUACUACAGCGUGAAGAACCUGUCGCUGUACGAGUGCCAAGGCUGGUGUCGCGAGGAGGCCGACUGCCAGGCGGCGGCCUUCAGUUUCGUGGUGAACCCACUGUCGCCCUCGCAGGAGACCCAUUGUCAGCUGCAGAACGACUCCUCGGCGGCCAAUCCCUCGGCAGCUCCGCAAAGGAGCGCCAACAUGUACUACAUGGUGAAGCUGCAGCUGCGCAGCGAGAACGUCUGCCACCGUCCGUGGAGCUUCGAGAGGGUCCCGAACAAGGUGAUCCGCGGACUGGACAACGCCCUGAUCUACACCAGCACCAAGGAGGCCUGCCUGUCCGCUUGCCUCAACGAGCGGCGCUUUGUCUGCCGCUCCGUGGAGUACGACUACAACAACAUGAAGUGUGUGCUCAGCGAUUCCGAUCGACGCAGCUCCGGCCAGUUUGUGCAGUUGGUCGAUGCCCAGGGUACGGACUACUUUGAGAAUCUCUGCCUGAAACCCGCUCAGGCUUGCAAGAACACUCGCUCGUUUGGCAACGCCCAAAAGAUGGGUGUCUCCGAGGAGAAGGUUGCCCAGUACGUGGGCCUGCACUACUAUACCGACAAGGAGCUCCAGGUGACCUCCGAGUCCGCCUGCCGUUUGGCCUGUGAGAUCGAGUCCGAGUUCCUGUGCCGCUCCUUCUUGUAUUUGGGCCAACCGCAGGGUGCCCAGUACAAUUGCCGGUUGUAUCACUUGGAUCACAAGACCCUGCCCGAUGGUCCGUCCACAUACUUGAACCACGAACGCCCCCUCAUCGAUCACGGCGAGCCCAUUGGUCAGUACUUUGAGAACCAGUGCGAGAAGGCCUCCGGCUCGGGAGCUGGAAAUCCUCCGGGAACUCUCGACAAGAUCGACACCCUGCCCGUCAGCCUGGACACCAUCGAGGAUCCGAAUCUGACCAACUUGACUCGCAACGAUGUGAACUGUGACAAGACUGGCACUUGCUAUGAUGUUUCCGUCCACUGCAAGGAUACCAGGAUCGCCGUUCAGGUCCGCACUAACAAGCCAUUUAAUGGACGUAUCUACGCUUUGGGACGCUCGGAGACCUGCAACAUCGAUGUAAUCAACUCGGAUGCCUUCCGUCUUGACUUAACCAUGGCUGGACAGGAUUGUAACACACAGAGCGUGACCGGCGUCUAUUCCAACACCGUGGUUCUGCAGCACCACAGCGUCGUGAUGACUAAGGCCGACAAGAUCUACAAGGUGAAGUGCACGUACGAUAUGAGCUCCAAGAACAUCACCUUCGGCAUGAUGCCCAUACGCGACCCGGAGAUGAUCCACAUCAACUCUUCGCCCGAAGCCCCGCCACCAAGGAUUCGCAUUCUGGACACCCGACAGCGCGAGGUGGAAACUGUGCGCAUUGGCGACCGACUCAACUUCCGCAUCGAGAUUCCGGAAGACACUCCCUAUGGCAUCUUCGCUCGCUCUUGUGUGGCCAUGGCCAAGGAUGCCCGCACCAGCUUCAAGAUCAUCGACGACGACGGCUGCCCCACCGAUCCCACCAUCUUCCCCGGCUUCACUGCCGACGGCAAUGCUCUGCAGUCCACAUACGAGGCCUUCCGCUUCACGGAGAGCUACGGUGUCAUCUUCCAGUGCAAUGUCAAGUACUGCUUGGGUCCAUGUGAGCCGGCCGUGUGCGAAUGGAACAUGGAGUCAUUUGAAUCCCUGGGCAGGAGGCGUCGUCGUUCUAUCGAAAGCAAUGAGACCAAGAGCGAGGACGACAUGAAUAUCUCUCAGGAGAUUCUGGUCCUGGACUUCGGCGAUGAGAAGCGCGAGUUCUUCAAGGCAGAUCCCAGCACGGACUUUGCCAAAGACAAGACGGUCACCAUUAUCGAACCCUGCCCCACGAAGACGUCGGUGCUGGCCCUCGCGGUCACCUGCGCGCUGAUGAUCCUGCUCUACAUCUCCACCUUGUUCUGUUACUACAUGAAGAAGUGGAUGCAGCCCCACAAGAUCGUAGCAUAAGUGGAACGAGCGGAAUCUCUAAAACAGCAAGAAGAAGCAGUAGAACGAAAGAAAAAAAAAGGAAAAAAAAACAAGAAAGAAAAGAAAACAAAAAGAAAAUACACUACAAAAUUGUCACUCACACACAUACGCUCUCUCACUCUCUCUCUCACACACAUAGACACAUACACACACUCGCUUUGAAUCUAUACUUUGUCUCGCUCUUGCCUAGGCGGGCAUAGCCCCUCCCACUCACACUCACAGUUACUCUCUGACAACCGUAUAAUUUUUUUUUUUUUUUUUUAAUGAUAUAUAUAUAAAUUAAUAACUUAAUAUACAAUUUAUUUAUUUAUAUUUAUUUAGAUUUAGAGCGUGAGAUACAAAUUCCCCUUGAAAAAGAAAAAACGCAAAAACAUUUCCUAAUAUACACAAACACUCACACACGCAUGAGCACAUUUCACGUAUGCGAAUUAGUAAGAGAAAAGAAAAAAGAAAAGAAAUGAAGGCAAAAAGCUGCGAGCGCGUACUUUCUAUAAAGUUACGAAAGGGAACAAUGAAAAUGAAACAAGGUCCUGACCAGAAAGAACAAAUAUAGAGAGCGAGAGAGCGAAAGAGAGGACAGAUGAGUGGGAGAGAAUGAAACAGGACAUUGGAUCCCAUGAUCCCUUUUGUAACUUCUAUAGAGACUGCAGCCGCACACACUCGCACUCAAUCACACACACACACCACCUCACCAUCUUCCACACUCAUUUACACACAAACAAACACCCACAAGCACUCACAUUUAUUUAAUUUUAAACGGAACGCAAUAAACAGCAAACAAAAGCAAUCAAAACGGAACUAAGGAUAACUGAUCGAAGAAGCAGAGACAAGGAAAGUAAUUUCAUCGAUGACAAAUCGGUGGAGUUGUGCUUAAUUGUAUUGCAUUUAUUUAAUUUAAAUUUAUUUAUGAUAAUAAAGAAACGAUAAUGACAAAGUGAAA